AUGACAUGCCUUCUCGUUGCGGUCACAACCACCGACGCAGUGUACCGUCCUUGGCCGCCGGAGUGCGUAGACGUCGCGAGCGUGAUGGUGGAAGAGUGCAGGUCGUUUUUCGUCCAAGAGGAGUCGCCGCCAACCGCCGAGUGCUGCCACUGGUUCAGUAGCCGCCGUGAUCAGGCGAAGGAGAGACGGAGGCUUUGCCGAUGUAUGGAGUUUCUGACCACAGCCGUCGUAUCACUCAGGUCAGACGUUUUGGCUCUCUCCGAUCAGUGCCAUUUCGGUGGUGGCUUCCCCAUGGCUAAAGACCACACAUGCGCUUGUAAGUUUUCAUUCUGCAAACCAAUCGCAAUUUCUUUGAUGCUUAAUCCGGUUUAG